AUGUCUUCUCUCGGGACUGUUGUAAAUGACUCUGUCAUCAUUCAUCCACCAGGAUUUUAUAUCAUUGCAUUUGAGAUAUUUCCCUUCAUCAGUGUUUACAUUAUCUUUCUGGCAUUUGUUUAUGUGGUUACGCUGGUGUUCAAUAUUGUACUGAUCGCCAUAAUUGCUCGUGACCACUGCUUACACACUCCAAAAUUUCUGGCUGUCGUCAACCUCGCGGUAAUUGACGUAACCUUAAACACAUGCAUUAUUCCCAGCAUGAUUAAGACAUUCCUCUUUAAGGACAACUUUGUUCCAUUUGACCUCUGUCUGUUACAAAUGUAUGUCUACUAUGCUGUUAUAUCUUUGGAGUCAUUUGCGCUCGCUAUACUUGCCUACGACAGGUUCAUUGCAAUAUGUUUCCCUCUGCGUCAGAACUUAUUCAACACACUGCCGAUCAUGUUGUGUAUUGUAGGCGCGACUUGGGUUUACAAUCUGAGUAGAGUAGCAUACAGCACGGCGAUCAUGACUCGACUGUCAUUUUGCAAUUCUGUCAGAGUGUUCAGCUAUUUCUGUGACUAUGCGCCUGUGUUCAGACUCGCCUGCAAUGAUUACACAUUGCAUUGGUCUAUAGCUUCAACUUCUAGUAUGGUGAAUCUGAUGUUCCCUUUUACUUGUGUUAUUCUGUCUUAUCUUAGCAUAUUGGUCACUGUGUUCAGAAUGAAAUCACUAGGCAAUAGGAUGAAAGCUCUGGCCACUUGCAUUGAGCACCUAAUCCUUGUUGCUGUAUUUUACAUUCCUAUAUUCAGCAUAUUCUUAAUAGGGCUUUAUGUGCGAUCCAUUGACCCGGACCAGCGUGUCCUGAGCCUGUCACUUGCCACUUGCAUCCCACCCUGCAUCAAUCCGAUUGUUUAUUCUUUGAAGACCAAAGAGAUUAGAACCAGAGCCCUGGCACUGGUUCGUAGAAUUAAAACAAAAACACAGCAAAGGCACUCACUGAUAAAACUUCAUUUUUUGGUUAUUGUAGGCAAAAACUAA